UUCAGUGUAGUAGGGUUCUUUUUCUACUAUAGUUCAAGACUGCAAGUGACGGUGUUUUGUUUUUAUGUUAGGGUCUAAGUAGAAGCAUCGCCCAGAAAUUUGAAGUGUCAAGUUUCAUUGUCAAGGCAAUUUGAGUUCAGUAUUGGGGGGCCUGAUUUUGAAUAAAUCUAAUUUCCUGUUGUUGUUGUUUUUUAAUUUUUCCAGUAUGAAAACCCCUGGACAAUUCCCAAUUUACUUUCAAUGGCAAGGAUCGGUUUGGCGCCAGUUUUGGGCUACUUGAUAGUUGAAGAAGAUUUUAAUAUUGCAUUGGGUGUGUUUGCUCUGGCUGGCAUAACAGAUCUGCUUGAUGGCUUUAUUGCACGAAACUGGGCCAACCAAAAAUCUGCACUGGGAAGUGCUCUGGACCCCUUGGCAGAUAAAAUUCUUAUCAGUGUCCUUUACAUUAGCCUGACCUAUGCAAAUCUUAUUCCAGUUCCUCUUACAUCUAUGAUCAUUUUAAGGGACAUUGCAUUAAUUGCUGCUGUUUUUUGUGUACGAUACAAAACUCUUCCUCCACCGAGAACACUUAGUAGAUAUUUCAAUCCAUGUUAUGCCACUGCUCAGUUAAAGCCAACAUUCAUCAGCAAGGUAAAUACAGUAAUGCAGCUUAUUUUAGUGGCAGCUUCUUUAGCAGCUCCAGUUUUCAAUUAUGUGGACAAUGUUUAUCUUCAGACAUUAUGGUGCAUCACAGCCUUCACAACAACAGCAUCUGCCUACAGUUACUAUCAUUAUGGCCGAAAAACGUUUCAGGUUCUAAACAACAAAUGAAGUCUUGCAGAGCGACCGCCCAUCUUCCAUCAGUUGACAUUGGAAUUGUUAACUGUAUUAUUUUUGGACUACAACUUACGGACAAAGAACUCUUCUUUCGAUAAUCUUGCUUCAUCAAAACCACAUCUUCACAGUGAAGUUAAAUGAAGUUUUGAUCAUGUAAAUAUAUGGGCUUUUCAAUGUAAUUUUUCAACUUGUUACAAAUAAAAUAUAUUUUUAUUUUUUCUUUAAUGUACUUAAACACAAGUGAAGAUCAUUUCCUGGUAUUGUAUGUUUUUGUUCAUUGCUUUUCAGAAUUUUGCACUUUUUCUAUUAAAAAAAAAAAGACAUUCAGGAUUGUUGCAUUACACCCUUUGGUGUAUUUGAACAGAAAUGAAUAUUAAGACUAAUUAUGAAGUAUUUGACACAUGCAGAGUCCAGUUGAAUUUCAUUGUAUUCAAGAUGUGCUUAUUUUUAAAUUGCAAUUGAUAAUUAAAUUGCUGGGGCCAUUCAAAAUUUUUAUAAAAACUUUGAACACCUUCUCAGCAACCUGAUCCUAGGACUUGCUGUGUUUGUAAAAAUUCAGGAAGGGGCAUUCUUCAUUAUUUUAAUCCAUGAGGAAUCAUGAAAUUUUUAGGUAAGAUUGUAGACAUGCUGAUGGAAAUCUUGAGAAUCAGAUCCCUGAUUUAUCAAAGCAACAAUAAGCCUUUGUGAUCGGGAGACAUAUAAAUGUUUUAUUCAUAACUUGGACAUAAUUAUUGUAUUGCAAAAAAGGAAAAAGCUGGUAUAGUAUGGCGGGUAAUAAAAUGGCUGUGAAUCAGGAUAUACCAAUUUGGAAUCUCAUCUCUUUGGUAAAAAUCUUGCUAGGUUGCAUAGUUCAGCCUCAGUGUUUCAACAGCAGCCUGUGAUCAUAGUGACUUAAUAUAGAGACAUUGCUCUUGUACAGACUGUCACUUUGUGCCGACUUGCAGCCAAAAUUAGGGCUCGGUAGGGCUGGGCAUCCACACAUGCCCAGCCCUACUUUUGGCAUCUGUGCGCCAUAUUACUGUGCCCCCGUCCACACGAGGGAGUGCGACAAUGAUGUGCAGGUGUUCAAGCGCCCAAAUGGUGCUCGCCGGAAGCGGUGGUGUCAUGGCGCGCAAGCGCCAUUAUGAUGCCCCUAAAAAGAAGCAGCUCCUUUUUAGGGAUCGCAUCGGUGCUGCACCAUGUGGCUGGCGUGGCACCGAUGAUGGGCAAAAAUGGGCGGCAUUGAGCCACCCGUUUGUAUCUCCCUAUUGUAAGGGUUAGAAAAAACGUAUAAAGCAUUUAAAAUAAAGUUGAAUAAAUUUGAAGAAUUGUGGUCUUAUCAAUAUGGAAAGGUGUUAUCUCUAUAAGGCUUGAGUUCUAAAUCCCAUUCACAGGUGGAUUUUAAGACUUGUGCUGAUCUCUUUUCUCUUUGUAUCUCUAUUCAGUUUAGAUGCUGAACAUCCUUUUCACUUGAGACAUUUAAAGCUAACUAAUACAGAGUAUUGUAAAUCAAUACAAUACACGGAAAAACCAGACUUUUGAUUGCUGUAAGUGUUGCAAGAAUCAGUGGAAAUUUUUUGGAGAUGUUAUAUGACUCCUCUUGUAAUUUCCUAUAUUAAACAGCUUUGCCAUAACCAAGGAAACGGUGAUAGUAAAGUCAGAUCCAAGCAUGGCACUUCUUUCUACAGUAUGGCAAACUUGUAGGAAGGUAAGAAGUCUGUGGACUGAAAAGGAUUUAACAGGAUGAAUAAAAUCUCAGUCACUUAAUAAUUAGAGAAUACAAAUUCCACCCCACAGGAUUAUAUUAAAAUCUAGGGAUUUGCUGAUUCUCUGGUUUCUGUAGUUCAUUAGGCAAGCAAACAAUAGAGAGGAAUCUGACUGACAUUCUGUUUUUUGGUCUGAAUAUUUAUGUCACUUUUCUAACAAAACUGUACAGAUCACUUUUUAAAUUUCUUAUUUAAAAUUUUAUAAACUACAGAAACACAGGACAAAAGUUUCAGAGGCCAUUGUGUAGGUAUGUAGGAUGUUUUGCAUGUGAUAAGCAAGUUAAUGAACUAUAUAGGGAUUCACAAACAUGAAUUUGUGCAUGUUGUAUUAUGCUGCUACCUCCCCAGAAAUGAAGGUUUGUGGAAUGGAAUGGCGGGAAUUGGAAUUAUCUCAAUAUAUCGGAACAAUUUAUUAAUAUAUUUUGUAUAUUUAAACUUGUAUAAACUUUCUAAAAUGUACAUUGAACAAAUGGUUGUUUGAUAGUUCUAUGCAAAUCCUGGAUGCUGCAGAAUUGUGGUGUAGUAUUAAAAAAAGGUUUUCAUUUGGUAAAAACCUGUGAAAAAAGGUUACCUUAUCUUCCACUUUCAGUUUAUUGAGACAAAAUAGAGCAUGAUAUGAAGCCACUUAGUUAUGUUCUUUCAGUUGGGCAAGAAUUAAUGUUGCACAUUUUAAAAAAGAGAAUUCAACAAUAAAUGGAUGUGCAGGACUGCUUACAGUUUGUGCCUCUGUACUUAACAAAAUAAAAUUUUCAAUGCCUUCA